CCCGUCUUAAACCACAACAGUGCAUCUUCGUUCUUGCUUUGAUUUCCAUCAUUGAGAUUUGUCGCUGGUUCUCUCUCUCUCUCUCUCUCUCUGCAUUAGCAAGCAGCCAUGUCGGCGUGCCCCAAAGGCUUAUGCAGAGCCGUACCAGUCGUCCUCCACCUUACGCUUCUUCUCCUUUCUCCCUCUUUCUCCAUUUCCUCCUCUUGCUCUAAUGGCAAUUGCCAGGUGUUGGAUUCGUGUUCCACGGCUACUGACUGUGCCACGGGUUUGUACUGCGGGAACUGUCCUGCCGCUGGGAAAACUCACCCAAUCUGCACAAGAGGCCAAGCCUCCAUUCCCACUUCUAUUAUCAAUGGAUUGCCUUUCAACAAGUAUACAUGGCUAGUGACUCAUAAUUCCUUCAGCAUCGUAGAUGCGCCGCCUUUGCCAGGCUCCCAAAGGCUCACAUUUUACAAUCAAGAAGACAGUGUCACGAAUCAGCUGAGAAAUGGAGUUAGGGGCCUAAUGCUGGAUAUGUAUGACUUCGACAACGACAUCUGGCUUUGUCAUUCGUUUCGGGGGCAAUGUUUCAACUUUACCGCCUUUCAACCUGCCAUUAACACGCUGAAGGAAGUCGAGGCAUUCCUCAGCCAGAAUCCAACAGAGAUUGUUACCAUCAUAAUUGAGGACUACGUGAAAACCCCUAAAGCCCUAUCAACUUUGUUUGCUAAUGCUGGUUUGGAGAAAUACCAGUUUCCUGUCUUAAAAAUGCCCAAAAAAGGUGAAGAUUGGCCCACUGUGACUGAAAUGGUGCAAGAGAAUCACAGGCUUCUGGUUUUCACUUCGGUUGCCGCAAAAGAAGAAGAAGAAGGAGUGGCAUAUCAAUGGAGAUACAUGGUUGAAAAUGAAUCUGGGGAUCCCGGAGUUAAACGGGGUUCUUGUCCCAACAGGAAGGAGUCACAGCCAUUGGCAUCCAAGAGUUCAUCAUCACUUUUCCUGAUGAAUUACUUCCCCACAUAUCCGGUUGAACGAGAAGCUUGUGAAGCGCACUCAGCUCCGCUUGCUGAGAUGGUCGGAACCUGUUUGAAGGCAUCUGGGAAUAGAAUGCCAAACUUUCUUGCUGUUAACUUCUACAUGAGAAGUGAUGGAGGGGGUGUUUUUGAGGUUCUGGAUAGAAUGAAUGGACCGGUCUUAUGCGGAUGUAGCACCAUUUCCGCCUGCCAGCCUGGAGCACCUUUUGGUUCUUGCAAAAACGUUCCUCUCCCGACAAGAACUCCGGAAACAGUUGGCACAUCCGGAACCUUCUCUGGAUCGGUCCAGUUCUCAAAAUCACUGUCACCUAUCCAUUCUCCAAGUCACAUCGUCCUCUUCUUGUCAUGGCUCCCGUUGGCGAUAUUCAUGCUAUGACACAACCGCUUGGUAACUCUUAGGUUAGAAUGUUUAGUCACUUCCAGUUUGGAGAUGUUAUGCUCGGGGGGACGGGAUAUUGCCUCAGAUUUGUGGGUUUUCAGUUUUAAAGUUUCUGGCUUUGGGACUCAUUCCUCCAACUAUUUGGUAGAUUCAGCCAUUUCGUUCACCGUAUAUCUCGAGUAUUUGCAUAUAGGAACCGUGUGUAUGGAUUGAAAUGGCUGCUGCUCUAGAGUUUCAGAUUCGAUUCUGAUAUUUGUAGACUGCAGAUUUUUAUAGGCAAAUAUUGUCACGCCAUCAUUGUGUAUGUUUCUGAGUUGUGUCUAAUGUUUGUGCCUUCAUAUAUAGAGAUAAAGCUAAUAUAGAUUGUUUUGUGGUGA